UCCAAGCCUUGUUUGAAUGGGGGAAUAUUCCACUUCACUCCACCUCACCCGAAUUAAAGUUCCUGCUCCAUGCUGCCAAUGACCUCCGUCCUGCUGCUCGCCGGGAUGCUCAUGCCGAUGCUGAUGCCCAUGCUGAUGCUGCUGCCCAUAGUUGCCGGGUACAACUACUGCAACAACAGCACCCAUCUGUGCGACCUGGCCAAGAGAAAGCACUUCAUGUGCGGGCUGGGGGAACUGACGCCCUUUGGAUACGGUACCAAGUACCACGCCAGCAUACCGGACACCCCGAAAGUGCGGAAGGAAACGCUGGGCGUGAUAAACACCUUCCGGAACAUGUUCGCCGGCGGGGAGCUGGGCGCCCCUGACAACAAGACGUUCCCGAGCGCCAAGCGGAUGAGAGUGCUCCAGUGGGACAGUGAGCUGGCCUACAUGGCACGUAGCCACGCCGACACCGUGUCCUUCAUGCACUCCGAGUGCCGCUCUACCCUGCGCUUCCCGUUGGCGGGUGAGAUCCUGGUCAUGGCGCCUCCCGUCAUGCACAAGCUCAGUCUGACGCAGUUGCUGGGCAUAGUCUUCGGCCAGAUUUUCGACGAGUACAAGACUGUUCUGGAUCCGCAGACUUUCGUCAAUGGCUUCGAUUCCAAAAGGGACUACAGCGUGGGACACUUCUCCCUCAUCGUCAACGAUCGAGUGUCUCGAGUGGGUUGUGGCUUAGCUGUGGGUUCCAACUGCGAAAAAGACGGCCAAGUCGGCUUCUGUCACUUCCUGACCUGCCACUUAGAUUACACGAACGUGAAGGGAGCCUAUGUCUACAAGAGUGGAAAGCCUGCCAGUGGCUGUAACGACUGGAAAAGCAUCGCCAGCAUCAAGUAUUCCAAUCUGUGUGCCAACACGGGCGAAAUCUUUCCCCUGAAAGAGGAGCGUCGCGAAGUCUAAUAGCUUUCCGAACACAUUGAAAAU